CUGACAGUGAAGUCUUCAAGGCCAGGCUCACAGACUUAGGUUUGCAGGGCUUGUGUUAUGGCGCUGAAAACAGCUGGGUGGAUGUCACUGCGGCUGGAGCUUGGACUCGGAAAGGUGUUUGGAGUCCAGCCCCAGAGCCCGCCCUGCAAGGUGCCUCUGCUCAUCAGCGGUGCUGCCGGUCUGUUCUCGCUGGCCCCGUCGUCCCCAGCGAUGGAUCCCAGGACAGCCCUCUGCCUCCUGCUCAUGUGCAUUGCCCCGGGUGCGUACUCCCAGGGGAACUGUCUCUGCGCUCGUGGCUUUUGUGACGAAGGCUGGGUGCAGUAUAAAGACUCCUGCUAUAAGGCUGUGAUGAAAGGGGCAAAAUGGACAGACGCUGAGAUGGAAUGUCAGAGCCAGGGCAAGUUUGCCCACCUGGCCUCCAUCCACAGCGCGGAGGAGAAUGACUUCAUCUUUCUUCUGAUGGGCAAGCUGCAGGAUUACACCAAAGGGCAGGCGUACUGGAUCGGCGGACACGACACGUUCAAGGAGGGAUCCUUCGUGUGGACGGAUGGUUCCGAAUUCGAUUUCCAGAAUUAUGGUCCAAGCCAGCCCUCGGGAGAAAACUACCUGGGCUCUUGGAGUGUGCAAAAAGGCCACAUCACCUGGAAUGAUUUUGUCAACGAUGCGUCCUUCCCGUUCGUUUGCAAAUACCCCCUGCGGCACAGCUGCCGGGAGUUGUGAUAGCAGGAAGUGGGGGACGACGCAGCCUGUAUCGUGUGGCGGAGGCUGCGUCCCCUUCCUGCCCUGGAGCUGCACAUCUGGAACCAUUUACUGCUGUGCCCGGAUUCCAGCUGCUGUCCUGGACAAAGGAUGAGGCUCGGGGCUUGAUGGGAAUUAGGGGGGGAAACGAUUCCUUUUCGAGCGAGCAGAAACAAGGUUUUAAACAGGAUCCGGUGUGAAUGGCGCCGUGGGGGGCAGGGCAGAGUCAUGAUGCGCCCAGAGAACGUUCUGCUUUGAUUUUGGCCUGCCCCUUUCCUCCAGCCCCCUCCUCCAGGGAUGCUGCCCAGGGGACUAGUAGG